UUCAUAUUCUCAUUUCUCAACCCAAUUCACCACUUGUUUUCUUAUGAUAAAUAUUUCUUUGAAUUAAUUUGUACACUUUGUUCAUAAUCUCAAAAAAAAUAUGGAUCACCAAGCAGAUGCUAACAGAACUGAUUUGAUGACAAUAACAAGGUUUGUUCUGAAUGAGCAAUCAAAGUAUGCUGAAUCACGUGGGGAUUUCACCAUUCUCAUCAAUCACAUUGUUCUUGGCUGCAAAUUUGUUUGUUCUUCUGUUAACAAGGCUGGAUUGGCAAAAAUCCUAGGACUUGCUGGAGACACCAAUGUUCAAGGGGAGGAGCAAAAGAAAUUGGAUGUGAUUUCUAAUGAAGUAUUUGUGAAGGCCUUAAUCAGCAGCGGACGCACAUGCCUUCUUGUUUCAGAAGAGGUUGAAGAUGCUAUCAUUGUGCCACCAGCACAGCGUGGCAAAUACAUAGUUGUGUUUGAUCCUUUGGAUGGUUCCUCAAACAUUGAUUGUGGAGUUUCAAUAGGAACUAUCUUUGGUAUUUACACAGUGAAAGAUACAGCUGAAGUUAGCGUUGAAGAUGCAUUGCAACCUGGGAGCAGUUUGGUAGCAGCUGGUUACUGCAUGUAUGGAAGCUCUUGCACGUUUGUGCUUAGCACAGGAAAUGGAGUGAAUGGUUUCACACUUGAUCCUUCCCUUGGAGAGUUCAUAUUGACUCACCCAAACAUCAAGAUACCAAAGAAAGGAAAGAUUUAUUCUGUGAAUGAGGGAAAUGCUAAAAACUGGGAUGAACCAACCGCCAAAUACGUAGAAAAUUGCAAGUUUCCACAAGAAGGUUCAGCACCAAAGUCUCUUAGGUAUAUUGGCAGUAUGGUAGCUGAUGUCCAUAGAACAUUGCUAUAUGGUGGUAUAUUCAUGUACCCUGCUGAUAAGAAAAGCCCAAAUGGAAAGCUAAGGGUUCUGUAUGAAGUUUUUCCAAUGUCAUAUUUGAUGGAGCAAGCAGGAGGUCAAGCUUUCACAGGAAAACAAAGGGCACUUGACUUGGUUCCUAAGAAAAUACAUGACCGAUCGCCAAUAUUCCUUGGAAGCUACGAUGAAAUUGAGCAUAUAAAAGAGCUAUAUGCAGAAUCCAAAGAAAAUGGUGCAUGAAAAUCAACUCAAUUUCUGUUUCUUUUAAUUGCUUAGGUUCCAAUUCUUGGUCUUUUUCACUCUUUUGGCAAUUAGUAGGGGAGGAAUGCUAUAUGGUACAAAGUGUCACGAAUUUAGAAUCAUCAUCUCAGGGUGGAUGAAGAUUCAUAGCCUUUUGUAUAAAUAACAUUUGUACUAUCAAUCAUUUUAAUUGUUUAAUAUUAAUUAGUAGGGUUACUCACUACAUCAAAAAAUACUUUUAGCCACAA